AUGGCCUGGCUGCUCAUCUGCUACAUUCCACAAUGGGGUCGCAUCAUCUCGCGCAGAUCCGCAGAGGGCUUGUCGACAUAUUACAUCCUCCUGGGCUCCCUGUCCGGCGUGUGUGCCGUGGGCAAUAUCAUGAUGCUCCCCUCUAGCGCCGUUGACAUCGGUUGCUGCAGAACCAACACGCGCUUCGCCUGCGUCAGCGGCCUUCUCGGGAUGCUCCAGGUCAUCUUUGGCAUCGCGUGCUUUUGGGUCGUCCUUUUCAUGUACGUCUACUACUCGGAGGAAGAAGCCGAUGCAGAACUGCACGGGCGGAGACCAUCACUGUCUGGACCCGACCGUACUUUCCGGCGAGCAAAGCGGGCGUGGAAGGUCCUCAUCGCCGCCUGCAGCUUCGCCUUCGCUGUCCUCAUGGUGUCAGCCAUCAUCUUGCACCGCUUUCCGUGGCACGCUCAGGCGUGGGCAAACAUUCUGGGACUCGCUGUGGCCGUCUUUGCAUGUAUCCAGUGGAUUCCACAAGUGCGGACGACAUGGCAUCUGGGACAUUUGGGAAGUCUGAGCCCAGUCUCGAUCUGCCUCAGUGCUCCUUACACUUGGAUCUUCGGAAUCAACAUGAUGAUCCGGGUGGGGUGGAAGGGCUGGAGUGCGUGGAUCGUCUACGUGCUGGUAGGGACGAUGCAAGUCAUCUUGAUCGUCCUGGCCAUCUGUUUCACGGUUAGGGAUCGGAGGCUGGCAAAACAAGGGAAACAACACUGUGCGACUCCUGCGGAUUUCGAAGGGUGGAAUACUUGGACUCGCUCUCGCAACUCAUCUGUGGUCUCGCACGCCCAUUCCCACCUGGCGCCACACGAGCGAAGUCCCUUGCUUCACGAGCAGCCCUCGUCGCGGCGGCAAACCAUCCAUUAG